UACAAGAAAAACAUGGCGGCCUCUGAUGUAGAAGUGAGUAGUUCUCUCGAUCAAGAGGAAGAUCCGUUGACAGAAUUACCCGACGAAGACCUUUAUAAUUUAGUUCAAGAGACAAUACAUGCGAAUGAAGUACUUAGAAAUGAAACUUCGAUGUUUGAAAAGUUCCUUAAAAGAGUUGACCCAAAGGACAUAGGAAUUCAGCCUGCAGCCCCAUCUGUUGUGCAACAAACCAUAGAAACGUCUCAUCGAGGUUUGAAAAAGCGAUCAAGAUCUAGAGGUCCAUCACUCGAUAGACACCUGAAGUUAACCGCAGAACAAAAAUGUGACAUAGCACAAAGAGAACUGGAGGAACUCAGAGAUGAUAUCCAGAAGUUGAAGGAUGAGUCAGAGAAAAUCCUAGACAAUUACAAAGCAAUAAUGGAAGAGGCAGAAAUUAGGAAUGCAGAAAUGAAAAAAGCAUCGUAUGAGUUUGAAAGGGAUAUUAUGAAAGGUGCUGUAAAUCAGAGAACUAACAAAGUUAUUGCCGAGAGAGUUACAAGAUAUUUUGAAGAUAAACUCAGAUCUCGUGACACUCUUAUUGAAAAACUCCGACUAAAAAACUCAACAUUGAAAGUCCAGAAACGCAAACUUCACAUGCAAUUAAAACAGAAAGAAGAAAUGGGCGAAGUCCUACAUGAGGUGGACUUUAAUCAACUAAAAAUUGAAAACCAGCAAUAUCUAGAGAAAAUUGAUGAAAAGAAUCAAGACCUUUUGAGACUGAAACUCAUGACAACAAAUGUACAACAAAUUUUAAAUACAUAUAAGAAAAAACUACAUACCUUGACAAUGGAAUCUGAUCAACUCAAGACAGAGAUCACUCAAAGAAAUGAUUUACUGUGUAGAAUUGAAACUGAAAAUCAAAUGGUUGAUAAGGAUAGAAAAGCGGCUGAUAAAUUAAAUACAAGGUUAAAGCAACAGCUUGCAGAUUAUAAAGUUCCCGAAGUGAUGGAAUAUGUCGAAGAGAGAGCAAAACUUUACGAACUGAAUAAAGUAGUUAAAAUGUGGGAAAGAAAAGUGGAAAUUGCCAGGAUGGCACUACAGACAAACAAGAAGACAUGGAACAAGCUAAGAAUUGCAGCCACUGAUGAUGACCAAACAAACUGGAUGGUGGCCCAAGAGAUAGCUUAGUUACUGUAUUGCAUGUGAUUGUAUUAUAAAGACAAAUAGCAAUAAAUUGUAAAUACUAGACUCUGAUAUAGAAUGUGAACUAUCAAUAAAUAUACUUUUGGGUGUAUUAAACUUUAUUUUCUAC